AUGGAUGCCUCGCGAGUAGUUGAAGAGCCAUUCCCGGCCAAGUCAAAAGCGGCUUGCGGACCUAUCGAUGGAAUUCCUACCGAAGCUUCUGUCCUACACUUCUCGGACAAGAUAUUUCUCACUCUAUCUCAAGAAGGCAGAUUAUCGCAAUGGAUUCAAGUACCACUCUCAGCACCGUCACCUGCUUCUGUAGAAAUGGCUCUAGCUAAUUCCAGUUUGCUACCUAUGUCUCACCUAACGCCGAAAACACUACUUGGUGGCGGUGGGGAAGAACGUGAAUCUCUUGCGCAGCUAUAUGCCGUUCAGAUUGCUAGUCAUAUCGCGAGACGAGAUUCAGAUGAUCGUCGCACUCUUGUUGUCGGGCUUGGUCUUAAAACACUUAAGCCCGACCGCGAAGCAUUCUUCGACGUCCUUGAACUCAUUCAAAAGGUCUUAUGA